CUUUCAUCACGUCAUUGUUGAACGAACUGAACUUGUAAAUUGGUCCCAACACUGCAAUUGAUCUCAUUCCAUUCUAUCGCUUCAUAAAACACAACACAACCAAAUAUCUCCAUCGGAGGGCGAAAUGUAUUGAAAACACAGUUCCUAAGGUUCACUAUGGAAAAGUACGGCGAUUUUGUUGAUGUUGAUUCGAAUGACGUUCAUUCCACUCAUGGUGAUACAGCUGAUGUUGAAUUGUAUGAUGAUGAUGAUGAUGACGAGGAUGAAAGUUAUUCCACUGGUGGUGAAUCGCUGAAUUACCAAAGUUCAGAUGAUAGCGAUGAUGCUGAUAAAUAUGAUGCUGAUGCUGCUGAUGAUCCGGUUGAAGUAGAUGCAGUUCAAGGUGAUACAUUGGUAAGAAUCAAUUCCAUUACUUCUGAUGAAAUUCGUGCUUUGGAAUUUGGUACUAUCGACGCAGCAUAUGAAUUUUAUUAUCAGUAUGGUAAAUGUAAAGGUUUUGCCAUUAGGAAAAGUGAUUCUAGGAAAAGAGGGCCUAAAGGUAAUAGAAUAACAGUAAUGAGGCAGUUUGUAUGCAGUAAACAUGGUUUAAGAGAUAAGAAACACUUAUAUAGGAUAGACAGGAAAAGAGAGCAUAGGCGUUUGACCCGUACUAAUUGCCCUGCUAGGCUUCGUGUGCACUACAAAGCCGAAAAGGAUAGAUAUGUAGUGUCAAUGCUCGUAGAGGGUCAUAACCAUGAAUUAAACCCAUCUAGUUUAGUGCACUUGCACCCUGUUUAUCGUAAAACUUCUGAAGCAGAUAGAGCUCAGAUUGAUGGUAUUCAGUCACAUGGAAUUAGGACUUGUCAUAUAAUGGGGUACAUGGUUGCUCAGAAGGGUGGAUAUGCUGGUGUUGGGUUAAAGAAAGAUUUGUACAAUUAUUUUGAUAAAAAAAUGCGUGAAAUAGUUAAAGAUGGUGAUGUUGAAGCUUCUCUCAAUUAUCUAAAUGUAAAGUCGUCUACUGAUCCCAUGCUGUAUGCUGAAUAUGCUGUCAACAUCAGUGAUGGACGAAUGAAGUGUCUUUUUUGGGCAGAUGGGAGCAGUAGAUCUGACUAUUUUUGUUUUGGCGAUGUGGUUGCAUUCGACACAACUUACAAGAAGAAGAAAUACAACUACCCAUUGAUUAUAUUUUCUGGAUUUAACCACCACUCUCAGACAAUUAUUUUUGGAGCUGCAUUGGUAGCAGAUGAAACAACAGAGACCUAUAAGUGGGUCUUGAGGUGUUUUUUGGAGUGCAUGGGAAAUAAACACCCAAAAGCAGUGGUGACAGAUGGAGAUGGGGAUAUGAGGGAGGCAAUAAAACAGGUUUUUCCCGAUGCAACCCAUAGGCUAUGUGCUUGGCAUUUGAGUAAGAAUGCAACCGAAAAUGUAAAGAAUUCAGAAUAUUUGGAAGGUUUUAGAAAAGCCAUAUACUCAAAUUUUACGAAGGAUCAAUUUGAAGAGUUUUGGGCAGAGCUGAUUAAAGAAAAUGAACUUGAAGGAAAUCCUUGGGUUGCCAAAACUUAUGAGAACAAAUCACUGUGGGCAACUGCAUAUCUACGUGAUAAGUUUUUUGGACGUUUAAGAACUAAGUCGCAAUGUGAAGCUAUUAAUGCAAUAAUAAAUUGUUAUGUCAGGAAUAAAUGGUGCAUUUUUGAAUUUAUGCACAAUUUUGAGCAGGCUGUGACAGACUACAGGAACAAUGAAGUGGUUGCUGAUUUUAAAUCAAAGUAUACAGAACCUGUGUUGACAACUCACCUGCGUUUGAUGGAGAGCGAUGCCGCUAAAAUUUAUACAGCGGAGAUUUUCAAAGAAGUUAAAGAUGAAAUUAUGAAGGUUGGUGCAUUGAUUGUUAAGGAUAAAUAUGAGCAUGGGAAGACGAAGACUUAUACAUUGACAAAAUAUUGUAAGGAUAACUAUGAAAGAGAAGUUGUUUAUGAUGGUGAUACAUUGGAAUGCUCGUGUAAGUUAUUUGAUUCGUGUGGCCUUCCAUGUUCUCAUAUUUUUUAUGUCAUGAAGGAAGAACAUGUUGAUCACAUUCCUAGGAGUUUGGUUUUGUCGCGCUGGACCAAGGAUGCCAAAAUCAAAUAUUUGAAUUCGAUGGAUUGUAAUGGUACAGUUGAUUCGAAUUUGAUCGAGCUUGCUCGUUUUGGUGCAUAUUGUUCUGCUUUCACACAUUUUUGCAAAGAAGCUUCAAAAAAGAAUGGUGUUUAUAGGGAAAUAAUGGAGGACAUCAUGAAUUUACAAAAAAAGUAUUGCAGUACAGCCGAUCCUGUUGUGACACAAAAGUCAGCUGUAGGUGAUCCCAAGACGGCGAAGAGUAAGGGUGCUUCAAAGAAAAACAAGAAUGACACAAAAGUUGUCCGGCACCAUUCAAAAUGCAAAAGCACAACUCAUAAUGCGAGGAAUUGUUCGGUUACAGAAAACAUGCAAGAUAAAGGGAAUGUUGAGUCGGAGCCGGUGUCGAUAGGUGAUUCUUUAAGCCAAAUUGAGAAGAACAAGAAAAGAAAAACAAGUUGCCAUGGUGAAACAAGUGCGCAAAAUAAUUGUUCAGAUCCACCGCAAAAUCGUGGCGUCAAUGUUACAACAUCAUAUGUGGAUAUUACAAGCAGAGCAAUCCCUCCAAUGUAUGGAAUUCAACAUGUGAUGCCUGCGAUGCAUCCUGUAGGUCAAUCGAUGCAACUGCAAGUACAACCCAUGUACCCAAUUUAUGGAAUGCCCGUAGGUGAAAAUUCAAAUUCGGGUUUCGGUCAGCUGCAACAAGUGAUGAAAUCUGCUGGUCGUCAUUAAUGACUAUUUUAGUAGUCUAUGUAAUUUGAGACAAAUGUCAAUGUUAUGAAGUACUUUUAAAUAUUUGGAUGUAAUGUUAUUGGCACCAAUGUUAUGAAUUUGACUAUUAAUUGUUUUUGCUCA